UAGCUUUUCCACAAACUGGACGUUGCGCGGAGAGACAAGUAUUUAUGUAGCACAACCUAAGAGGAGAGUCGCCUUAUGUGAUCAACCCGUCGUUUACAAGCCAAUUGUAUGCGACUUUGACGACGCUCACAUUUGAUUUUUUUUGUUGUUGUUCGCGAUUCAUCACUCUAGACGGAAUGCCCAUGUGUCCAGGUUGAAGUAUCUAACGUUAGCUACAGUAGCUAACCUGGAGAGCUGUGGACACUGGGACUGGCUUUUAUAGGCUAUCAUCAGUGGUUUGCAAAUUGUAUGCUGACAGACUUGGGUGGGGCUGUUUUGGAUGACACACAAUGAAAUAAAAGAAGAUAUUCUCAGGAUAUAGCUAUCUACUCAACCUAGGGAUUCAGAACACAAUGACCAAGCCCGAAUCGAAGAGGAGCGGCGUGGCUCUUGUCACUGGCAAACCUGCCAAUGCUGCAGAGGAGAAGGUCAAUAAUGGCUCAUCUGACCCUUCAGUGUCCGGUUCUCCCCACCACGCAUUGACCCCGGCGACUCCAACCAAACACAAAUCUGCAAAACAAGUCUCCCGAGACAACCUUUCUAGACGAAACACUGAGUCUGAAGUAUUCGACGAUGGAACCAACACCUUUUUCUGGAGAGCACAUACAGUCACUGUGCUUUUCAUUCUCACGUGCGUGUUGGUCUAUGUCACUCUGUUGGAGGAGACACCCCAGGAUACGACGUACAACACGAAAAGAGGGAUUGUGGCCAGCAUCCUAGUGUUCCUCUGCUUUGGAGUGACACAAGCCAAAGAUGGCCCAUUCACCAGACCACAUCCAGCAUACUGGCGCUUCUGGCUAUGUGUCUCCGUUGUCUACGAGCUAUUCCUUAUCUUUGUGCUGUUCCAGACGGUCCGUGAUGGGAGACAGUUUAUGAAGUACAUUGACCCCAAACUGGGGGUAGCCCUGCCGGAGAGGGACUAUGGCGGCAACUGCCUCAUAUACGACCCGGGGAACACCACCGACCCCUGGCAUAACAUCUGGGACAAGAUGGAUGGCUUUGUCCCCGCUCACUUUCUUGGCUGGUAUAUUAAGACACUUGUGAUCAGAGACUGGUGGAUGUGUAUGAUCAUCAGCGUGAUGUUUGAGUUCCUGGAGUACAGUCUGGAGCACCAGCUUCCCAACUUCUCUGAGUGCUGGUGGGACCAUUGGAUAAUGGAUGUGCUGGUGUGUAAUGGCCUGGGGAUCUACGCUGGGAUGAAGACCUUAGGCUGGCUGUCUAUGAAGCCCUACCAGUGGCAGGGACUGUGGAACAUCCCCACAUACAAAGGGAAGAUCAAGCGCAUGGCCUUCCAGUUCACACCCUACAGCUGGGUCAAGUUUGAGUGGAAGCCUGCCUCUAACCUACGCAGGUGGCUGGCUGUCCUGGGAAUCAUCUUCAUGUUCCUGCUGGCGGAGCUGAACACCUUCUACCUGAAGUUUGUGCUGUGGAUGCCUCCGGAGCACUACCUGGUGUUGCUUCGCCUCGUCUUCUUUGUCAACGUGGGUGGAGUGGCCAUGAGGGAGAUCUACGACUUCAUGGACGACCCGAAGUUCUAUAGGAAGCUGGGGCAGCAGGCGUGGCUGGUGGCGGCCAUCACUGUGACCGAGUUCCUCAUCGUAGUCAAAUACGACCCCAGGACCAUCAUGCUGCCCAUCCCCUUCUUCGUCACCCAAUGCUGGUUCCUGGGCAUCGUCCUCAUCCUCAGCUGGACAUUGUGGCGCUUCUUCAUCCGUGACAUCACUCUCCGCUACAAAGACGCUCGCCGACGGAAGCAGGAGGUCACAGGGGACUGUGGCCGUCCCCAUGGCAACGGUGGCACGGCAACCCCGUCGGGACGCAGCAAACUCAACGGCAUCUCCGAGUCUCUCCGACACAGGAAGUCCUGAGAGGCGGAGCCUGCCGCUGGUAGGGGGUGGGGAAAGGGACAAAAAAAAAAGAGCCGCAAAGCGCUGCAGCGCCAUACACACGCAGGGCACCUGGAUCACAAGUGUAGAGGUGUGUCUGGGGGAAGGGGGAUGUUGUUCUUGUGCCUACCUGAACAGUGUCAUAGUCAUUCCUGUGCUGGCUUUUCACUGUUAACACUAAUCACAGAACAAAACACCGAACAGGGAUUUGGGGUUGUGGUGUCAGCUAGCUAUCCCAUACUACAGGGAUUUACCUCAUGUACGUUCAUUGUGUAAUCGUGCUGGGAAAUUUACGGGGGCGAUUUUAUUAUUCUAUGUUAAUUUAAUUGGGUCCAAAUUUUUACUUUUUUUUUGCAAAACUGGGAUCACAAAGGGUAUUGGGUUGGGACAGAUGAUGGAUUUUGUUUUCACGUGGCAGAAUUAUGUUAACUUAAAAUGUAAUCAGGAUGAAGUAAGGGUUGGGAGGGAGAGGAACUGAACCCCCCCAAGGGGCCAGCAAACAUACUUACAAGCUAAAUAACAGACAAAACUUUGAACAAAUCCAUGUUCAAGCCAUUUUCUGCUAAAGCAGGGUUUCCCAAACUCGGUCCUGGGACCCCCCUGGGUGCUUGUUUUUUCCUCUAGCACUACACAGCUGACUCAAAUGAUCACCGUUUGAUGAGGAGUUGGUUAUUUGAAUCAGCUGUGUAGUGCUAUGGCAAAAAACAGAACGUGCACCCAGGGGGGCACACCAGGGUUUGGGGAAACCCUGGUCUAAACCAUUUGGGCUGUGCCACUCAACCUGCGCUAGGGAAAUUAAGUCCCAAUGCCGUGGAUUGCAAUCGUUAUAUCCUAGUAACAUGUGGUAAUGAUGGCUGAAACAUGACAGACGAUGGUAUUCAAACCAAAUUGGAUGCAAAGGAGGGAUGCAAAGCUGGCCAAAACGAGCUUUAAAUACAGAAUGAACAUCUGUACAAUUCAAAAAUAUGCUUAAAGAAUGCAGGGCACACACAGCCAUUGGAGAAAUGUGAACCAUGUCUGACACACCUGUAUUUAAUUAGGCUCUUUAACGUCUUAAUUAAUCACUCUGGCGUCUUCAUGGGAAAUGCGUCUCAGAAUAGCCAAAAGCCAGGGGACUGGUAACAAUUAGUGUGGGCUUUCAAGUUGAAGUGGUAGCUACAGUAUUAUAUAACCCUUUGGCCCUCGCCGCACUGUUCAUCAUGGGUGACUCAAGCCUCAAUGACAUGAAGGGACUGAGAGGCGUCCACAUUGUGGAUGUUGGCUACAGACUUAAUCCACUUGUUGGUGAUCACCCUCCCAAUAAAUAAGGGGGAGAAAAAAAGCACAUCACAAAGACGAGACUAAAGUGGGCAGCAUUUGCACUGCUCAGGGCUCAAUGGUGACUCUUGCUGGGAUAUGAACUUCGGCACCUUGAUUCCAUGUGUAAUUACAAGCACCAUCCAAUGUAAAAUAACUAGUUGUGAGUCGCAAUAGGUGUUUGUGUGUGUGUCACUGGAUGGAGAGUAGAAGACUUGUGCUAAAUAGUUCCAAACUGCCUGAUGUGACCUAGAACAUGCUUAAUGCCAUUUAUAAUAUAUUGUGAAUGUAAACCAGCAGCUCUAAACCUUAAAAUAAGGCGGCUUCUCAUUAAACACCAAUUAUUUAACAUGUUAUGUGGUGGUUAUAAACUGGGCUGUAGUGCAACGUAGAAUCAGAGGAGUUUGCCAUUGAAGUCUAUAUAUAUAUAUAUAUAUAUAUAUUUUCUCAAAAGUUUCCUUUUUUAAUCGUAAUGCUCCUUCCUCUCUCCUUCCAGAAAUGUUUCUGAAAAUUAUGGCGUGUGUAUAUUUGUCUGUAUAUUU